UAUAUUUAAUUCUAAACUUAUGCUUUUCCUUUUAUCAAACGGUUUGUUUGUUUAUAAAACCAUAUCAUGGGCCCAUUACGAAAAUAAGAAAAAUUGGGAGGCCCAAAUAAAAGCCUAUAGUUCAUAGCCAGCCCUGUUGUUUUAAGACUUCCAGAUCUAUAGAAAACAAUGAAGAUCGCAUUAGACUUCUCCUCCGCCUUCCGCCACACACGCGCCGCCGCAUUAGCCACCACAACCUCCAGUGUAUCAGUUUCGCUUUCUCCGGCGAUUAAAUUCCACACUCCAUCCUUCUAUUCGCCUUCCUCGACACUACCGCUAGCUUAUUCUUCUCGUAGAUGUCUCACCUGCCGAUUCGGCGACGAAGAUUAUUAUGAUGAUGAGGAUGAUUAUUUGGUUGAAUGCUUGACAGAUGGGAAGACGGAGGAUGGGGUUCUCAUCUCGGUGGAGAAGCUCGAGAAGAGCUCGCGGCGAAUCCGCUCGAAGAUCGGAAUGGAGGCGAGCCUCGAUUCGGUUUGGAGCGUGUUGACUGAUUACGAGAAGCUGUCGGAGUUCAUACCGGGCCUUGUCGUUAGUGAGUUGGUGGAGAAGGAAGGCAACCGUGUUCGUCUUUUCCAGAUGGGACAGCAAAACUUAGCAUUGGGUCUUAAGUUCAAUGCCAAAGCUGUUCUAGAUUGUUUCGAGAAGGAGCUUGAGAUUCUGCCUCAUGGGAGGAGACGUGAAAUCGACUUUAAGAUGGUCGAAGGAGAUUUUCAAUUGUUUGAAGGCAAAUGGUCCAUCGAACAAUUAGACAAAGGGGAGGCUUUGGAUUUACAGUUUAAAGAUUUUCCGACCACGCUUGCGUACACCGUGGAUGUAAAACCAAAGAUGUGGUUACCUGUACGGCUAGUUGAAGGAAGAUUGUGCAAUGAGAUCAAAACAAACCUUUUGAGUGUUAGAGAUGCAGCUCAGAAACUCAUUGAAGUUGUUAUUCAUGAUCUUUGAGUUUUAUUUUUUUCUCUCAAGACCCAAGUUGAAGUAGUUUUCUACUUCUCUACCGCUUAGAUAGAUACACACGUUUUUUUCUCACUUGUAUAUUCUGAUCUAUAAAUCUUUGAAUAUACCAAGUUUUUCCGACA